GUUUGGAAAUUUGGCGGUUGGCGUUGUUGUCGAUGACUCUUAAAGCUCCUCAUCAAAGUUGGCAAAAAACUAGUAACAAAUGGGAAUUCUCGACCAAAAACUAGGGUUUUUGCGUUUUUAACUAUUAAUGUUUCCUACGCAUUAGUCAGAAACAGUCCAUUAAAUGUCCGUGGACAAACUCAAAACAAGUCCAAAGGCGAAGUGAGCCAGCUAACGGGAAACUUUGUGGCUAACAGGCUAGCGGAGGGUAGCCUGGCUUUUAUAUACUAGACAUACCCGAGCCGCUUUUUCACCUCUGCAUAAUGGCAAACCCGGUUUUAUUACAGAAAAGAAAUGGCAAAUAUCUAUGGUUUUCUCUCCUCGGACUGGGAUUUGAACCAGACACUGAGAUGUCGUCUGUCGCCGGCAAGACCAACAUAAAUGUGAAACACAUCAACCUGGGACCGUGAGUUCUUUUACACCCUCUAAAUAGUCUGUGCUUUGUAAUUAUUCAUGUGUAAUAUAUCAAAUCUAAUAUGGCUUAUUUACACUAACAUUUCUUAUAACCUUUCGAAAAUAGUACUUACACUUUAAGUGAUACAGUGCUUGUCAUUAGAGUAAUGGUGAUGUUACUUUUAAGUAUGAAUUGGUAAAAUGUGAUUCAUUCAUUUCUUUAUUUUCUGCCCACAGGAAUAUGUUCGACAAACCAAACAAAGAUGCCUUUUACAUAGUCACACAUUUCCUGUUGUUGAAGCUCAACCCAACACGAUUCAAUGAGGCAUACAGGUUAGUACACUUUACUCAAUAAAAACUGUGUAUUUCUGUCAAAGAUUUGAGUACUUAAAGGUUUUUUACUUAUAAGAAAUACAUUUGCUCGGUUUGAAUUUUAUAAAAGUGGGUCGCGACUUAAGGACCAUGGGAAAAUAUGGGUGAGAACCACUGGUUUAAAGGAAUGAUCAGUUGCAUGCCUGUGUGAUUAAUGUUCCCUGGAUUUACUGCAAGUAAAAAGUUUAUAUUUUUGUCUCUCAUCAGGCACUGCUGGCCAGUUUUGAACCACAAAGCUGAUGCUGAAUUCCGUAAAGUCACUUGCGCUUGGCUGCGUGAAAUCAUGGUGAGAAAACCCAGUAUGUUCUCACUUUGGGAGGUUGUAUAAAACUUUCUCUCCCUUUUACAUACAAUCAAAUGAAACAAUUGUACCAUAAAUUCUACUAUGACAAAGUGUCCAUUUAUUUGGUUGUUGGUGACAUGGUCGAGCAGGUGAUUAUUGUUCUUAAAAUUAAUUGUUACAUUUGUUGUGUUUGUUGUUGAUGUAUUGGAGUGUAUUGUAUUAAAGGUAUUCCAGUCUAAAAUAUAAGGAACAGCUUUCAGUAUAACACACUUUACAUCACUGCCAUUACUUACUACAUCCUGGGUAUAAAUAAAUACCCCAGCUGCCCAUGUCUAGGGGCAUGUCCAGGGGAAAAUUUCUGAGGUUGAACUUGGCGUCAUUCUGUCUUUACUCCCAAAAUUUCCCAUCUCGAAUCCUGUUAAGUCCACAGUUUCUACUUCACCAGUUAAGUGUGACAUGUUUUACUCGUAAGAAGACCAUCUAUUUGUUUUUUUUCCAACUACAUGUAGGAUGAAACUGCAAAUGCAGGAUCCAAAGUUGUUGCAUCCUUGUUCCUCUCACCUGGAGGACCUAAGUUUGUCAGCUUGAUGCUACAUUUGGCCAAUCACGUCAUGCUGCAAGAAAUGAAGACAUUCACCACAGGUAGGCCCACUUUUUUCAAAUACCAAUCGCUCUUGUAAACAGUCAAACUUGAAACCAAUAGAGUAAGUAUAAACAAAUCAUCUGUGAUUCAAUGUGGCUUGAAAAUGGCAUCAAAUGGACUUGAAUUUUGUCUCUGCCAGAUAGCAGCUGGGUCCCUGAGGCUGCAGCUGUGCCUGCGUCUUCCCUUGACAUGGCGAUGAAACGACUCAACUCCAUCCAUUCAAGGUUCUUGAAAGCUGCUGUGGACCAAGAUCGCUUUCUUCAUGAAUACGAGAAACGUGCCCAGUAAGUCCUGCGUAGUUACAGGAGCAAUGUUCUGUUAUUGUUAAAUGCAACAAACAGGCUGUUGAAACCAGCUCUCUUUUAUUAACACACUGCUCAUCACUAUGGCUCUGAAAUCCAGGUUUUCUGACUUUUAGUUGGGGAAUUUUAUACCAACAAAACUAUCACGUCAGCUGCAAAUAAAGCACAAAGUAAUAAAUCCCUCACCUUGGGCUUUUUAGCAUGUAAGAGAAUAAUCUGUGACCACAAUAAAUGUGUAUGGUCUUCCUCUGAGCUUGAAGGAGGUUUUUUUUUGAGAGCUACUUUAAGACCAUGGCACAACAGUAAGUCAAGUUCUGUGUGAGAGUAACCGCUCCAGACAUAAUUACAGAUGGGUUUUUUUUCUAACUUGGGAGGACCACAGUGACUCCUACGUUAGAAAAUUAUACACCCCAAGUCGAUUUAGAUGACUUAACAUGUUGAAAAUGUCAGCUGUACACUGAGUCUAGUGCACUUUUUUGACCCAUUGUUAAUGUGACAUAUUAAUUUUAGAAUAAAGUCAGUGAUUUCUUUUGUAGGCCUAUUCCUCAUUAAAGGGAUAUUCCGGCUAAAAUUAAUUUAGGGUCAAACACACCAUAAUACUGAGUUAGACGCCCCUCGAGAGAUGAAUGUUGCUGACCGCUUGCUUCUCUAGUUAUACCAACUUUAGUAACGACCCCGGAUAGCAAAACAGAGCGGUCUACAUCUCCACUAAACACAACUCACCUACUCUCUUCCAGCAGCCGUUUAUUUGUAGCCAGACCUUAAACCAGUCCAUUACGUACUGCUGCGGGGUGAUGCAGCUCAAGGAAGAACGUUUAUGAUCAUUUAUCCAUGGAAAUGCAAUCAGACUGAGACGCUAAGGCAGAAGAACUACCACAUCUGCAGAGCAAAAUGAUUAAUAUGGUGAUUAUUACUUCAAGGAAAUGAUAAAGACAUGAUCUUAAAUGUUCUUCCUUGAGCUGCGUCACCCCGCUGUAGUCCGUAAUGGACUGGCCUGAGGUCUCGCUAGAAACAAGCGGCUGCUGUAAGAGAGUAGGUGAGUGACAAAGUGGACUGAAUGAAUAAAAAGUAAAUAGAAAAAAUGAACAUUUUGGAGUAUGUGUUAAAUUAUUACUUUGCUUGAUAUAAUACAAAAUAUUAAAAGGCAGUCUGUUAAAGUGGUAUUUUUAUCUCGGGCUGAAGUUGUGUUUCAUUAGCUGGCAGCGUUUACACCCACCUGUGUAGUAAGAACUGAUUGAACUGCUCAAGGUGUUGUUAAUUAGGGUCGGUUGGUUGCAGCCGAGCUCCAUUCAAGUGUCCUGAAAUGCAGUGCUCAGGUUGUAGUUUCUAAAUACUGUCAUUGUGGAAAACUGUUUUAUUGCAUGUUGAAAUCAAAUUUUCAAAGUAGUUUGGUCGAUAUUUAAAGCUCUUAUGUUGUCUCCACUCUUUUUAUAGAGCUCUAGUGAAAUCAAAAAGGGACGCCAGAGAAGAGGGAGCUAAAUAUGAUGAGCUACUCAAGUAUGUAUGAACUGUUUUCUUUGUUUUGAAGUUCUUUUGAUUUGAUAUAACUAGACAGAUUAAUCAACAAGACACUCCUUUCAGACGUUUCAGCAGUGAUCCCCCACAAGAAGGAGCGUCUUCAGCUGAGAAGACCAAGAAGGUGAGUAACGUCUCCUCCGUUAAACGUGAUUCAAAACAAUAGGCAUGAUUCACAUUCCCAGUCAGUUUAGACAGUGGUUCUAAAGUCCAGUCCUCGAGGCCCACACACCUGAUUCAAAUGAUCAGCUCGUUAUCAAGCCAUUACAGAGCUUGAUAACGAGCUGAUCAUUUGAAUCAGGUGUGUCGGAGCAGGGAAACAUCCAAAACAUGCAGGACAGUGGGCCUCGAGGACUGGACUUGAGAACCGCUUAGUUAAGACACAAGAUUUGAAUCUCUAAAGCUGAGCUGACUCGGAAAAAGAUCUACCAUAGAGUAACUUGCCUAAAUAUGUUUAUCCUAAGGUGCGUUUCCUGUGGUCGACCAUCGAUGAAAUGCUGUCAACCACCAGGGACGAGCAGCAGGCAGUGGAGAGUGUAUUGAAGGGGGAAGGAGACCAAUACAUCUUAGAUGGUACGAACAGAGUCCUCAAAAUACCCAAGACUCUACUGGAGAGAGUUGAACAGCUCCCGCAGCAGGUAAGUGAAAUGAGUCAGCUGCUUCUUUCAUCCCCCUGUUGCCCUGAGCUAUCUGGCGUGUUGAUUCACAUACUUUUCCCCCAUCUGAUAAAUGUUCAAUUCCAUGGUUGUGACUGUUCAUGUUCUCCAGUUGAGUUCAGGGAACGUGUAUGAAUCUGGCCAGCUGAACCUCCUGAGCGUGUUGGAGCUGACCAACCACUCGCUUCAGCUCCUGAGAGAAGAGCGUCGUCGGGUCUCGCAGGACCCCGAACCACACUUCAGUCCCGAGCACCUGCAGGAGAAGUGUCAGCAGAUGGCGCGUGUGCUGCAGGACCUCCACCUCAUCAGGUAUACAACAGACCCACUAUACCUUUUCAAUUUUUCGCCGGAGUAUCCCUUUUAAGAUCAGGACAUCAGCUAUAACCUCUCACUAUUUAUAGUGUUCCAGAUUGGUAAAAGAAGAUUUCCAUACAUACUAUCUAACAAAGUCACUCAACUUAAGUAGUACUGACAUUAAGGUUUUUUUUUUUCCUCUCUUUUUAGGCAGAAGAUUUCCAAGGAAGGGAUUCCUGAGGUCAGGAGUACCAUUAAAGAGUUGGAGGUGGAGUGGGACAGGAAGUGGAUUGGAACUCUGAAAGACACACCCCUGGUCUCUUUUCUGAAUGAGGAUCCAGUGAGUCACCCAGGGCUAUUGAACUUAUUUAACCUCUUUUUCUUUUAUAGCAACAGUAAAGUCUUUUAUCAGUGCUUCCACAAAUAAAAAGACACGUGAGAAAGAGUUGUCAUAUUGACUAUCCUGUGUAAACAAAAUCAGAAUACUUAAUUAACAUCUCACCAUUGAUGCAUAUCCUCUUUUAAUAAACUGUUUUUUCAGGCUCUGGGCUUCCUCUCACCAAUGGCUCCACUGUCUUUUGAACCAGCCGCCAAUACUUCUUAUCGAAGUAGUGUCUUCUCUCAGUUCCCUGCAUCGCUUCUUGGUGAGGGAAAAAUAAAGUUUCAUGCACAUUUUAUGUCCAAUGAAAUGAAAUGAAUGUUAUUUUUCUUACGAUAAUGUUGACAAUUCACAGAGGAGAAUGCUGCAGAGAGUAAACCACAGAAAGACCUCCAACCUAGUUCUCCCGCUCUCAUGAGGUAAUUGAAUAAAAAUGCAUUCUGACUCUUUUUCUGAUGGGAGGCAGAUACUUGGACAGUCCUGAGCCGUGCUCUGUCCGUCACUAGCCCUCCCUAUAGCAUCCAUGCUCUCUGAUGACCGCGGCGAAUUGAGAGAAAUCGCCACGGACAGAUACGGAGCAGACACUCAAGUUACCUCACAAUCUGAUUAUCUUGACUGCUAUCAUAAAUAAACUUUAACGACUUCAAAAAAAAAUGAAGAGUUUGACACAAUAAACUUGUAGACAGGUUGAGAUUUUAGAGGAGCAUGUAAAUUAGCUUUGUACUUUCAGUGUAGUGCCUUAUUUCAUAAAGUAAUACUGCCCUCAUCCAUUGAAGGAUUGAGUUAAGUGAAGAUGUAGGGCAGUGUGUCAUCUUGACUCAAGCUCCCAGUCACAAACUGACUGUUAACAGCUGAUUUUAGAUGCUCUGUAUCUUGAACUUUGUGAAACAAGAUCUGUUUCUGUCUUUGAAUCAGCUCUUGCCUCCAAGCAACUGACAGAGUUGAAAGUCCUGUCGUCACCACUGUACCCUCGCCAAAGGUCAAUACCUCUCUGGACUGGCUGUUUGACACUCCUCCGGCCCCUCCAGAGAUGGCUCCACCAACACCAGCACCACCACCACCUCAGGCAAGUCCCGCAUUUGAGCAUCAUCUGGUCAGAUUGACUUGCGCCUGUUAAGUUUCCACGCACAAGUUCUUUCACAAACUAGUAUUUUGAAUGUGUGCUUGUUUUUUUAGGCCAGCGUGAGGAAAACGGCGCAUGCUCAUCCGAAGGUCGCUCCCCCAAGAUCCAAGAGUCAAAUACUCAAUAUGGAGUGUGAUAAUCUUGCUGAUCAGGUAUGAAAGUGAUGAUUCAAACAGCUCAUGAUGCUCUGUUCAUGUAGCUCAGAAAAGAACCGAACUAAAGGUCCUGUCACACCCGGACCGUUUUUGUCGUGCGAUUAUUUCGGACGUCAGUAUUUUUUUUCGAACCCGUAUCCUGUCAAUACAAGCAUUCACAUCAGCGACGUUUUCCCAUUCUGCGAUAUUGCAACAUUUACUUUUUCGGAUCAUGGUCGAUUUUUUUUAAAGUUUCGCAUACUGCGUGUCCACUUCUGACCAAUCAGAUUCCGUGUUGUUGCAACGUCAGAUUCACCGGGAUAUCCAACAUGGCCGACUGGCUGAUUGUUGACGUGUCGGAGAAUGGAGUACUUUUUGAUAAAAGACACAAAUAUUACAAAGACGACGACCUGAAGGAUAGUUUGUGUGCUUUAACAGUUUUGCUACAUGUCUUUGUUUGAACUUUCAUCUGUGCUAACGGUUGUUACCAUAGUUUCAUGUGCUUAUGUUAUCGCCUCUGAUUGGCUAUAAGUGCUGACCGUUUGGCUUGAGCGUGUGAUGAUGUUUCCAGCUUUUCUAGCCAAUCAGAGGCGGGACUUUCCCCGGGAAAAGUCUUCCAAGGAAAGUCGCAAAAUUGCAUCGAGCUUGAUGUGUAUAGUAGAAGUUGAUAGUGCAUAGUCAGGCGCGUCAAAAUUCACCUCAGAAUAUUUCUUACUUCUGUGUUCUUUUUUCGUGUCGGCCUUGGUGUGUACCUUUAAUCGCACUGUAGUUCGUCAUUUUUCAAAACAUUUAUGUAGCAAAAGACCAAAAAAAGGCACAAGAAACGCUUUGUUCAAGGAUUGAACUCCGUCUUGAGUAACGUUUGUAUUAGUUUGCAGAUGCUGUUACUACAACCAGUCCCUCUGACAGCAGUCUCAAAGGUUUUGACUUGGAGGGUCUUCUGAACACUCUUCAUGGAGAUCCUUUCUCUACAAGAAAGCAGCUCCCCCGAACACCUGAGAGCCUCAGUAAGUCUUGUUUAAUCACAGCCUUACAUUUAACACCGUCAUGUUUUGAUCAGUGAGUAAAACACUGUUUUUAUUCUCUAGUCAUGGAUGUGAAGAGCUCCUGGCGUAAGGCACUUGAAGAAGAUGAAGCUGAGAAAAGGAGACGAGCAGCGAAAUUUGAGGACAGCGUUAUGGGACGACUGACUCCCCUCAGUGAGCCUGUUGCGCCGAGUGAAGAUUCCCCCUCCAAGAGCGAGUCCUGCUGUAUCGAACCGAAGGCGACAACCCACAGUAGCCCUCCUGUCAAUCAGCCGGAGGUCAAAUCCACUCUGUUGUGGGACACCUUCUACACAGAGGCUCUCGACACCCCGAGCGGCACAGGCAGCAGCGCGGUCCAGUUCAGCCUUGAGCACGAGACUCUCCCUGAGAUGCCGAGCUGCGACAGUCUGCUGAGUCUUGAUGAUGAGGACGAUGAAGAGCUCUUAAUCCCUUCAUUGAAAACAGAGGUGGAGUGUUCCUCACUUUACACACUGCCUCACCUUUCUCAGUCGCAGCAAGAGGGUUAUGACGGUUCCUUUAUGGAGAGCAGGAGGAGGACCCCUGAGUGUCUCUUGACAGGUCACACUCUCCCCAGUUUGGACAAAGACUGGCAAGUGAAGCCUGCGAAGGCAAAGGAAGCCUCAGACAAGGUUUUCUCACUGGACUUAGACGCACUUGGACCACCGUCACCUCCCAAAAAGCAGGAGUACAGCCUCCCAAAGCUGAUCACGUUCUCUCCGAUAGAUGAUAUGAAGUGUUGAAUAGAUUCAUAUUGAAACUCGUCUUAAACUUUAGUUUCUAAAUCCUUUUUUAAGUCAUGUAACAAAUAUUUGCACAAUACUACAGAAUAAUCCUCCCAUGUCACGCGUCAUAUGUAAAUAAAUUUUCUGGGCUUAAAAAUUGCUUUUUAAUUCUAAAGUCAUGAACUGCUAAAUAAAAUUGUAAAAAGGGCAAUUUUAUUUCACUUUUGUACAUAGUGCAUGUGCUAAACAAAAUGAUUUGCCUGUGUAAAAAUGUAAAAAUGGACCUCUGAAAGUUCUAGGAGUUAGUACUAAAUUAAAAUGUUGAAGGUUGGAGUUACUUGAGCAGGUGUGUCGCUCCACUCUAACAUUUACAUUUGCACUAUUAUCAUGCUUUCUUGUCUUUGGAAAUAACACAAAUGUGAGACGAACCAGUCAGGUUUAUAAAAAGUAGAUUUUACUGUUAACUGUUAAUGAAAAAUUUAAGAAUAAAAAAAACUGCUAAUACUAAAGUGCUGUGAUAAGAUUUGUCUUGUCCCUUCCAACCAAUGUGGAGCUGAACCAUGUAGGAUGUUAAAUAACUGACCUAAUUAUGGCAGUGUUUUUCUGCAAAUCCCCCUUAUUGACAUAGAGGGAGUAUGUUUGUAAACUACUCUAGAUAUUGAAUUAUUACAUUUAUUUCUCCAAGUUAAUAUAAUGGGGCUUCUUCUGACAAAAACACUAAAUGUUUAAAUACAUAGGUUUACAUAUGCACCUGUUGCUCUUUUCGUUCAGUGUAAUUAAGUGGAAA